AUUCUAGGUUAGCUGUAGUGACCGGUAGGCAUAUUCGGGCAAAUUAAACAGGUGGAUUUGUUUUUUAAGUCGGACAGUUCGAAGAAAAACUAUAAAACUGAAAAAAAACCGGAAACAACUUUUAUCCGGAUCGGAAAGAGGCGUAAAGGAAGCUGACAAGAUGGACGUUGUCGCCGGCGCGUUUGCUCGCUGAAGGGGGACGCGUAACUGAAGGCGUCCAGUUAGCCAUCUUCCAGGGUUACAGCAGCUCGCUGUCGGCGGGGAGCGCAGGAAAGCCCGAAAGUUAGCGGUAACUGACAAACUGCGCGUACUUUUUAAUCGUCUAAAUCAGUCUCGUUUCUCUGGGGUUCAGAGCGGGGGUCCCUCUGGCGCUUCGUGACACGUUGAGAGUCCGUAUCCUGCUUAGUUAGCCGGUUAGUUAGCGCAUCCGUAGUCCGCUAGUUAAUCACUUGAUUUAGAAUGACAAUCUAGGUUGACAAGCGUAGAGCUCGAUAACAGCAUGUCAGGCUUAAUUACAACUAAACAAAAGUUAAAACUCGGAAUAAGGACCGAAGCGCGAAGUAUUAUUUAAUUUGCUAGUCGGACCAGCCCCCGGAGACAGGCGUACGCAUAGUUUUAGUAGCAAGUUGUUGUAUAUAGGGUAAAUUCGCAUGGAGUCGUUAUUUUAAUGAACAGAUAGAGAAUAAAUUUAAGAAUCAAGAAGUUAAUACAAUGCGAAUUUAGAAUUGUCGGGUAGCAGGAUACGCUAUAUAAUAUAUUUAACUGAUGCAACUUGCAAAGCCACUACAUCUGAAAUAAUCAGCAACUUUUUAGUUACGUUAUGGGCACGCCAUUAAUGCACAGUGGCAGAAUCUGAAAGCUUAUUGCUGCCUGUGUUUUUUUUAGGUCGAAGAACGAAAUAGGUGUUAAAUAUUUAUUUCCUUUUUCGUGGGUACAGUCGGAGACAAGCUCUACCUCUAUUCAUAAAACUGCUAAAAAAAAAACAUAUUAUCGGGACGAACACAAGAAGAUAAGCUUUAAAGUUAAAUGUCCUAGAUUUGAAUGAGAAGAGUGACAGGGGUCAGAUCAUUCCCAGCGUAUCACGACUGACUCAGGACACCAUGGGGGAGUCCCACCAGCCUGACUCCAAUGUGAAGGUCGCCGUCCGAGUCCGGCCCAUGAACCGGAGAGAGAAGGACCUGAAUACGAAAUGUGUGGUGGAGAUGGAGGGAAACCAGACCAUGCUGUACGCAGCCAACAUCAGCAAAGGAGACAAGGGCCAGCCUAAGGUUUUUGCAUACGACCACUGUUUCUGGUCUAUGGAUGAGACAGACACAGAUAAAUUUGCAGGGCAGGAUGUGGUUUUUCAGUGCCUUGGGGAGAGUCUCUUGGACAAUGCCUUUCAGGGCUACAAUGCUUGCAUCUUUGCAUAUGGACAGACUGGUAUGGCAUGAUCGGUGGUGGUGGUAACCUCUGUAGAUCUGGUGAAAAGGCUGUAUAUGAGAACGUUUGCAUGCACACUAAGAAAAUCGAAUUAUUGUGUUAGUCUGACUAAAACCUGACUUUUAAGUACUUAUAAAUAUGUUAGUCCAACUGAAUUGGAACUAAAGGGCGCUUUUCCACCGCACCAUUGUACUUCAAGGUCUUCCAGUGGCGUAAAAACUAGUACAUCACAAUAAGAGCCGGGGUUGUUUUGUAGAGAUGCACCGGUCCGAUUCUAUGAUCUGUAUCGGCACUGAUCCAGACCGAUUUGACGGCUCGGUAUCGGUGCCGAUC